GCCGGACAGCCGCACUUGUUUGACGCCUCCACUUGUGAACACACCCGUUAUCGGACACCAGCGGAUGCUCUUUGCGAGAGAUCGAGAGAUUGCCGGAGGAAAAAGGAUGCUGGAGAGGAGAAUGACAUUUUCUUUGUAAUUUGCCUGUUAUGCAAGCCCAGGAUUGCAAUUAAGGGGAAAGUGAAUACACCAUGACUGAAGAUGUUCUGGAGUGGUUGGCCAUCCUUCCUCAAGCGAUGCCCGCAGACAAUCAGCAGACUCCUUCUUCUCACACUCGCAACCCUUGGCAUCCUGGGAUUCCUUAUCAACAUGCACCUUUCACUCAUAUCAUCAGUCUACGGUGUUUGUUUCCCAAAGACGAACAUAGUCUUCCUGAAGACACACAAAUGCGCCGGAUCUUCCAUCCAGAAUAUUUUGAUGCGCUACGGUGACAAUCACAACUUGACCUUCGUCCUCCCCAAAGAUGGCAAUUAUCUGGGUCACCCAGAAUACUUCAAUAAAGCUAUGGUGGCUUGGCCCCGCUUGCCCAGUUACAACAUCCUCGCCCACCACACUAGAUUCAGUUACUACGACAUCAGGAGCCUUAUGCCGUGGAACAGUAUCUACAUAACCAUUGUGAGAGACCCCGUGGAGAUAUUCGAAUCUUCGUACGCCUAUUACGGUUUGGACAAAUUCUUCGGGGAAGACAUUCACAGUUUCAUCCGUAAGCUUCCAAAAGACAGUGAGAAAGUCGCCAAUAGACGGUAUAGAGAAAAAUUUGGUGUGAACCAGAUGAUGUUUGACCUAGGCGCCGAUCCCAAGAUCUUCAACAAUGACUUUUCUAUCCUGCGGUACAUAUCUAAACUGGAUUCCUGGUUCGAUCUGGUUUUGGUGGCUGACAGGAUGGACGAAUCUUUGGUGCUAUUGAGGAACUUACUAUGCUGGGACAUAGACGACGUGGUCACUUUUAAGUUAAAUGCAAGAAAUCCCAAAUUUAAGAGCAAGCUGAACGACAACGAAAAGGCAAAACUCAGGGCAUUUAAUCGUGCUGAUGAUCUUUUGUACAAGCAUUUUUUAGAGAAGUUUAAACGGCAAAUUGAUGCAUUUGACAAACAGCGCUUGUCUGCCGAAAUCGCGGAACUUAAUCGCAAAACGCAAAAUUGGUAUGAUCUCUGUGUGAAAGGCGAAAAGGCAAUUACGACUCCUAGUUCAAAGCCAAAGUAUUAUUAUAACCCGAGAGUGAUGAUUUUAGAGCCAAAGAGUAAUUCAAAUAAUAUCACUUGCAAAUCAAUGACUAUGGAAGAAUUGCCAUACACAGACAUUUUGAGGAAUAAGCAAAUGACAAAUCUGCCUAGAACUUACAGACAAUUAUUAUUGCGCAGUAGAAUGUAUUCUAAAGAAUAUAGUAUGUAUUUAAGUAAUUCUAAAAAAUUGUAAUAUAUAUAUUGAAUAAAUUA